GCGGAAAGGUCCGUGGCUAACGAUCGAAGGUUAAAUGUCAUAUGUCACGAAAAGCGCCCCCUGUCCGCAGUCGUUAGACGUCACGCGUGACGUCAUCGAUCUGCCGUUUGACGUAGCGGCCGACGGUCUGGAUAGACGGUGGAAGCCCAGCGUCAUGAACUGUACCCAUAUUGUAUCCGGAAUGCUGAUCUUUUCUACUGAAGCAACUUUAACAGUGGAUAAAGUUGUGAGGUGUGAAGUGGCUAAAUUUCUGGUGGCUACAAGGCCACUAAUUGAAGUUAACGACAACUACACAUCAAAGGGAAGCUUUUGGCCAACAGCUGCAAGGUAUUAAUCUUGCACCAAAAAUUAUAGUGAUAAGUCAUUUAAAGAAUGUAAAGGGAACAAGUGUUUAACAUUAAACAGCACAACUGGCUUCAACACUUAAUAAAGUAUUAGAACAGUUACUGCCCACAAUGGUUACUCAUCCUGCUAUGGAGAAUGAAAUGUCCACUUCAGCUUUUCCUGGAGGAGAUAGUGAGCAUGCCGAACUGUUGGCACUUACUCUAGCAGGAGCUGAAGAUGACAGUUCAGUUUGCGAAUGUGUACUUAAUGGCACUGUGAAAUCCAAAGAUGACGAAGACAAAGGUAUAGUCUCACAAGUAUUCAGAGAAGAUAGUCCACGAGAAGAAACAGUAGAAAUGGAAGACAAAGAAGUUAAUGAAGUUACUUUAACACUUACGAGUGGAAAAGACGAAGAUAACCCUCCAACAGAAAUUCAUCCACAUGAAUCAAUUCGAGCAGUUGCUUUGCAGGUUUUUAUUCCUUUCUUAUGUGCUGGAUUAGGAACCGUUGUAGCAGGACUGAUAUUAGACAAAGUUCAGCAUUGGCCAGUAUUUGUAAAAGUAUCAGAACUAUUUAUUCUUGUUCCUGCUCUUUUGGGUUUGAAGGGAAAUUUGGAAAUGACUUUAGCUUCCAGACUUUCUACACAAGCUAAUUUGGGAAAUUUAGAUACAUCAAAUGAACAGUGGAAAAUUGCAGGAGGAAACUUAGCACUCGUCCAGUGUCAAGCAAUAGUUGUGGGAUUUCUGGCAUCUGUAUUUGCCAUUGUUGUUGAUUGGAUUAAUGCAAGAAAAUUUGAUAUGAAUCAUGCUGUUCUUCUCUGUGCUAGUGCAUUAAUUACAGCUUCAAUUGCAAGUGUUGCUUUAGGUAUAGUGACUAUGGGUAUUGUAGUAUUUGCUCGUAAAUUUAAAAUCAAUCCAGACAAUGUAUCUACACCAAUAGCUGCUUCCUUGGGGGAUAUGACAACUCUAGGUUUGCUUGCUGGAAUCAGUGCUCUUUUAUUUCAAAGAAUAGAUGUAGAUUUAUGGCUAGCACCUUCCUUAGUGGUCGUCUUCAUGCUACUCAUUCCUUUAUGGGGUUUUAUUGCUCGAGGAAAUAAAUAUACAGAAAAAGUUCUUUACAGUGGAUGGAUUCCAGUUAUUAGUGCUGUAUUAAUUUCUAGUGUAGGGGGAUGCAUUUUAGAUUAUGCUGUAGAACGUUUCAGUGGCCUUGCUGUUUUCCAGCCAGUUAUUAAUGGAGUGGGAGGUAAUCUUGUUGCAGUUCAAGCAAGUAGGAUUUCAACAUAUCUUCACCAGAGAUCAGAAAUGGGUACUUUACCUGCUACUGAAUCCAAUCCUUGCAUUAAUCCUUGUUCUGUAUUUUUUGGUAAAAAUGCUCAUGCUAAAACAGCUCGAUUACUUCUAUUCAUGGCAUUACCUGGACACAUACUUUUUGCCUAUGUUAUCCGCCUUUUAAAUGCCGGCCAUACAUCAUUGACUUUUCUUUUCUUAGUUGUUUAUCUUACUGCAGCAUUAUUGCAGGUAACAGUAUUGUUGUAUACAGCACAUUGCCUUAUACACUGGAUGUGGAGGUGGAGGAUUGAUCCUGACAAUUCAGCAAUUCCAUACUUGACGGCUCUGGGUGAUCUAUUGGGAACAGCAUUACUGGCUGCAGCUUUUCAACUGCUCUAUGUUUUAGGAGAGGUGGAAGCUCAGUGAAAUAUUAUCAUUAUCAUCUUUUAGACCAAAAUUAUUUAAAAAUACCCUUAAUAAGGCUAAUACCAGUUUGUAUUAAGUUGAAAUUAAUAACUCAUCUUUAUUCAUUUAUGAUGGUUUAGCAUAACUUAUUGAUUCCAAAUAUCAAUAGCUCUGUAAUUUAUUUGUAUGAUCAAAUAGUGCUUAAUUCUGUGAUCGUUUUAUCAAAUGCAUUGUAUGGUUUUUGGUGUUCAGUUCCUGUUAUAUUCUAGAUUGUCUAUUUGAUUAAAUUGUAAAUGGUGCUGAACAGAUGUACAUAAUGUAAUUGAGUGCAUGUGCAAAUAUUAAUAUUGUAAUUGUUCAAAAAAUUUUGUAAAAUGUAUAUAAAGAGAUAAAAAAGAGAUAGAGGAAAUAUAAUGAAAUGUCCAAAACCUUGAUAAUGCUGAUAAUAUUGCACAAAUUAACAAUAGGUAUUUCAUAGAAAAAAAAUAUUAGCAUGUUUUGUUUAUAUUUAUUUCUCUCUAUUUUUUUAUUUAAGUUCUAUUUUCUACUAGUUAUACAAUAGUGAUUGUUGUUUUUGAUAUUCUUGUGAAGAAUAUUUUGCUUUUAUUUUUCCUUUCAAAAAAGUUUUAUUUUAAAUUAAAUUUAAACUUUUAGUGAUUCUUAUAGUUCAAGAUAGGUUUUUGAAUUUUUGAAGUUAUGUCAUACUCCUUAUUUAUAAUAAUUUAUGGAAGAUUUUUUUAAAAAUCUAAGAAGGAUAUAUUCAAUUUAAACUAAGUUAUAGAAAGUUGUAUGAAUUAAGUUUUUUAUAAUUAUGUAUUAUAUAUAAAUUGAAAUUCAAAUUUAAGUUUUUAAGUAUUUUAAAAGGUAAUAGACAGUAUUAGUUAUCACUUUUCAUUUUGGUUAUAGGAGAGCACCAAAUAUUCAAAUUAUUGUAGAUGUUUUUUAGUUGUUUAAGAAAAGUCAUAACACUAAAUAAAUUUUUUUAUUAUUUCUAAGAAGAAAUCAAGGAAAUUUUAAAAAUUUCAAAUUUUUAAAACUUCUUCAAAAUAAGAAUUGCCUUUUAUUUCUUAAUUCUUUAUGUACAGUACAUAAAAACUAUUUAUACUAUAGAACUUUGUUAUAUAUGUAGACAAUCUGAUAACAUUAUUGAUCUAGAUACUGGGUCCAUGGAUCAUUUUAAACAGAAUUCACUCUUUAAAUCCAUAAAUUUUGCAAAAGAAAAUUAUUUCCUAGACAUUAUAACUUUGCACAAACAUCGAAUAUAUUCAGUAUUUGAAACUGAAAAAUCUAACUUGUAAGUACUUAGUCAAUGUCCAUUUUUUCAAAUAUCUGGUAUCAAUGGGGACGAAAGUAACAAUGUUCUAUUGUAUGACUUUGUAUGUACUAAUUACAAACAUAUCUAAGUUUGUAAUUGCGAAACUUGAAAUUCUAACGAAUUUAUACAUUGAAGAAUUUCAGAAUUUUAUUAUAUGGAGUGCUUUUAUUUAUAUUAAUUUGUUUUUAAACAAAUUUAGCACUCCAUCAAAUCCUUUAACAAGUAGUUUGAAUAAUGGGACUCUACUGUAAUAUAAUAAUUUGUACUUAAUUUAUUCAAAUGAUUUAUUAUAGCAGAAUGUAAUUAAUUUCUCGAUUUUAUUCAUGAUAA